CUCACACGGGGUGAAUAGUCACGUGACAGCAUGUUUCCUCGGCGCCAUCAGCUGUUUUCUGCCUGUUUACAGGUCAGAGUUCAUAUCGCAGCCGGCCACGCCCACAGGCGCAGCUGACACGGCACCGUGGAGUCUUCAGGUGACAGCCUGACCGAGCUGUCACACUCCAGCUGUGACAGCUGCAGGAAGUUUACUGCGCAUGUGCGGUGUGUCCGGGAACCGCUGAGAGGAUUUUAAACCGAGCCGGACUCGCAGGGCUGACUCCGUGGAUCCGCUGAGACUCUGAAAGAACAGCAGGAAAACUCGUCCACCGUGACGCAUGCCGGCUGUGGCACCAACACGCCACCUGCCGGAGGACUGAGGGGGCGGGCCUGCCCUGCUGCUGUGCUUCAUGGAGGUAAAGAAAAUGUGUUUAUGAUAGAAACACGACAGAUUCACUGCAAAGUAACUGACUGACAAAGAACAAACACUGAACACAGCAACACAAAGAGUAACUGAGAAUAAACAGACACACAAAAGUGUGUGAAAGCACAGAAACGAGGAACAAAACGAGCAAACGUGGACACAAAGCACCAGCAACACACAGUCCACGCAGAGACUCGGCAUGAUGGAAAAGAGCAAACAACGAUGAUAAAAGCAAAAAGAGACAGAGUCACUGCAGGGACAUGGAGACGGAAAAAGGCUCAAAGACACCAACAAGGGGAUAAACAACGAGACAGGAAGUGAGAUAUUGUGCGCACAAACACACAGAAGCACCUGUUAGCAGCGAGAUCACUGAGAGUAGGACACACUGCAACCAGGCAGGAAAUAACUUUGCAGUACUCCAAACCACCGCAGAGGUGCGACCGCCAGUCCAGCUGCUGAUUUCUGACUCAGCCGAGCUUCUCAGACUCGUCUAAUCCUCAGUUUGACGCUGAUGAUGACUUUUUGUGCUUCGCAGCGUUCGUUGGAGCAGAGAGACAGACGUGGGCGUCUGCAGGAACAGCUCCACCACAGAGACUCGGAUGGACCUGUGAUCAUGCGGACACAGAGAAACAGGAGAGGACGUUUAGAGCACUUCCUGUACUGUAAGCACUCCAGGCUGAAUCAUCUGAAACAGGAAGUUCAAAGGUAUGGGUUGGAGAACCAGUACAUCUUCAGUGAAGACAUCCCUGCGUACCCCCGACCCGAGUUCCACGUGAGCCGUGUCAAACACGACACGGAGCGACGGGGCUUAUGUUGCAUCAGGGUGGACGACGGCUUCGGGGAUCCUCACAGGCAGGUCCUGGUGUGGUGGAGUCUGGCUGUGGGACCCGAGGAGAUCCAGGCGGCCGAGACGAGGCUGCUAGAGGAGACCCACCCAAACCGGACGGAGGAGCAGGCCGCGAGGCAGCGGAGCUUCCUGUGGAGGUUCGCCUCCUCUCCGGCCUUCAGCGAGAAGUCCAGGCUGGGCUCGUACCGCUUCACCUUCCCCCUGCAGGAGGUGCUGACGGCCUACAGCGAGCAGUUUUGCUCCGGAGCUCCGCCCAUCAUGAGGGUGUUCAAGACCUCGCUGUACAAACAGGAAGUGCAGUACUCUGUGCUGGUCCACAGCCCGGCCAAUCAGCUGCUCUUCUCAAGGUUUCCUUUGCUCCCUGAUGAUGACCCGGACGCCGUCUGCGCUUAUAGAGACGGACGCUUCAUCUGGAGACCGGAGGCCAUGUGUAAGACACACAGUUACGAGCUGACCCACAGACCUGAUGGAAACCACGUGGAUGCUCAGCAGCUGAUUCGACGAGUGUUUUAUGUUUGGGACAAUGUCGCCGUCGCCCUGCACGUGGAGAACAGACGGGUGCUGACGUUUGACGCUGACCGCCUGAGACAGAACCUCAGGUUCUGUUGGCCGGAGGAAGUAACAGCCAGAAACGACGAGGAGGAGUUCGAUGAUUUCGAAGACGCUACAAACUUGGUUAAAUGCCUGUGGCCGGGCUGGCACCUCCCCCUGGAGGAGGAGCGCUCGCUCCUGCACCGUUACACAGUGUCCGACAUCAGACUGGUUCUUGUUGGGAGGCCUGGAGUGGGGAAGAGCUCCACUGGGAACGCCAUCCUAGGAAGGCUUGCCUUCAGUCCAGGCGGUCCAUCCUCAGGGACGUCAUCGUGCUGCUGGCAGAGCGAGUGGGUGUUCGGCCACCAGGUGACCGUAGCUGAGACUCCCGGUCUCUCGGAAACAUCAGACGAUGCCGUGAAGAGGGACAUCUCCACAUGUGUCAACAUGCUGAGGCCCCACGCUGUCCUGCUGGUCACCAGGGUGGGGUCCUCCACCGUGGAAAAUCUAGCCACCAUGAGGCAGGUGGAGGAGUUCUUUGGGAUGGACGUGUUGAGGUACACCAGGAUCCUCUGCACCUAUGCUAACCCGGCGGCUCCAGACAUCGAGAGACAGCGCCGGGCGGCAGGACCUGAGCUGCUUUUCAAAGUGGGCUACAGGUACCACGUCCUCAACAACAACCCGGACCACUGGGAUGGUCAGCAGGUCUAUGAUCUGGUGCAGGCCGUGGCGAGGAUGGUCAUGGCUAAAGGAGGGGAGGUCUACUCCAUCAGGAAAACCGUCUGAGUGCUGGGUGAUGUUGUAAUGUUGUUUACACUGUUUACCCUCAGGUGAUGGAGUGUGGCGUACGAUAAAUGCACCAGAACACCCAGCACAGCGACACCUGCUGGCCUUAGUGAGGAGGUCACCUCCCAGUUUAGCUUCCAUGAUGCAUCAUGGGAAGUCUCCCCCCAUCCUGACGUCAGCAGGUUUGAAAAUGCAGUUUGUUUGUAGCCGACUGCGAAUGUUUAAAUUGUGAAUAUUUAUUUUGUGCAACGAUCCAAAAGCCUUUUAAAAAAAUCCCAACAGUGCCGAUCUCACGAAGAUCAUUCAAGACACACGUGUGUCUGUGAGGGUUUGAAAAUGACAGGAAGCCAAUACAGGAGAAAUCUGCUCUCUUUUUCUAGUCCCUGUCAGGACUCUUGCUGCAGCAUUU